AUGCCUCCCAAGAAGGCCGUUGUCCAGGAGAAGGUCCUGCUGGGCCGUCCAGGAAACAACUUGAAGAGUGGUAUCGUCGGUCUGGCCAACGUCGGCAAGUCGACGCUCUUCCAGGCCAUCACCAAGUCUUCUCUGGGUAACCCGGCCAACUUCCCCUAUGCCACUAUCGACCCCGAAGAGGCUCGUGUCAUCGUGCCUGAUGAGCGAUUUGACUGGCUUUGCGAACACUACAAGCCCAAGUCUCAGGUUCCCGCCAACUUGACCGUGUAUGAUAUCGCCGGUCUGACCCGCGGUGCCUCUACCGGCGCUGGUCUGGGAAAUGCUUUCCUUUCCCACAUCCGUGCCGUCGAUGCCAUCUUCCAGGUUGUCCGAUGCUUCGAUGACGCUGAGAUCAUCCACGUCGAGGGUGACGUCGAUCCCGUCCGUGAUCUGACCAUCAUCAGCGAGGAGUUGCGGAUCAAGGAUAUCGAGUUUGUUGAGAAGGCACUCGAGAACUUGAGCAAGCAGACACGGCGCGGUGGACAGUCUCUUGAGAUGAAGAAGCUGCGUGAGGAGGAGGCUACCGUCGCCAAGGUGCUUCAAUUCCUGAAAGAUGGGAACGAUGUCCGCAAGGGUGACUGGGCUCCCAAGGAGGUUGAGGUUAUCAACCCUCUCUUCCUGCUCACGGCCAAGCCUGUUGUGUAUUUGGUCAACCUCAGCGAGAAAGACUACAUCCGUCAGAAGAACAAGUACCUGCCUAAGGUCUUUGAGUGGAUCCAGAAGAACUCUCCCGGUGAUCCUCUAAUCCCCAUCUCCGUCUCCUUCGAGGAGCGCUUGGCUGCCUUCGGCGAUGACGCCAAGGCCGCCGAGGAGUGCAAGAGCCUAAACACCAAGUCCGCUCUGCCCAAGGUUAUUGUUACUAUGCGCCAAGUCCUCAACUUGGCCAGUUUCUUCACCACUGGUGCGGACGAAGUCCGUCAAUGGACUAUCCGCAAGGGCGUCAAAGCUCCAUCUGCCGCUGGUGUGAUUCACACUGACUUUGAGAAGACUUUCAUUCAGGCCAUUGUCUACAACUACGCUACCCUGCGGGAGUAUGGUGACGAAGCCGCUGUCAAGGCUGCCGGCAAGGUCAUGACCAAGGGCAAGGACUACGUUGUGGAAGAUGGUGACAUCCUUCUCAUCAAGGCCGGUGCUGCCAAGGGCUAA